CGUUCUUCCAAGGCUCGGUUCUGAGCAAAUUGCGGCUGUUCCGCCAUGGACGAACAUGCGGCUGGAGACGAGGAAGCGCCACCGCCCCCACCUCCCAGCAUGCCCAGCGGCAGUUCUCACAGACCAGCGGAGUCUGAGGACGAGGCUGCAGCCCACAUGCGGAACCUGCUGCAAUGGCUGCGAGAUGAGGCCUUUGUCGCUGUGGUGGCCGAAUGGUCCUGGGACGUUUGCAUGGAGUUUCCUCGUGAUGGCAGCCUUCUCACGUCUAUAGAGCAUACUCUCAGAUACACGGAGGCUCAUCAAGAAUAUCGUCAGCUCUUCGAAGCCCGCGCAGAGCAGUACCUGCAGCAUUUUGGCUUGAACAUGGAAUACUUCCUAGAGAUGGCCGUGCAGUACGUGUCUCUGGGCCACGAUGAUGAUGUCUUUGAGGGGCUGGUGGCAAGUGAGAGUUACUCCACGUUCUUUAUCUACAUGUGUGCCGUGCGCCGACGCCGGGAGUGGGCGGAGCGGACCAUGUGUAGCGCCAGGGACGAGAUCCACUGGUCCGAGCUCAUGCGGCAAGCAAUACGGCGAGACUUGGGCGACGUGACCGUCGGAGACGAUUCGGACAUCGAAUGCCUGGAGUAGGCUCUUUGGAGCAGUGAGAAACUACGGCGCCUACAAAUCAGAG